UUGGCAAAAAAGAAAAAAACAGUCUUCCUACCAAAAACUAAUUUUGUAAAUCAUGUUAAAAGUACUGAAAGAUCAGCUCAAGAUCAGCACCUUGCUCUACAAGGAGGCAUCAAUACUUUAUACCAAUGGCAACGCGAGCAAAAUAGAGCUAAAAAAUUUGAACUCUUAGACGGUCCUCCUUAUGCAAAUGGUAUUCCUCACACUGGGCAUGCGAUAAACAAAAUCUUGAAGGAUUUUAUAGUUAAAAGCAGAAUACUUCUUGGAUAUCAAGUUCGGUUCAGGCCUGGCUGGGACUGUCAUGGGCUUCCUAUAGAAUUGAAAAUUACAAAAAGCGUUAAAGACAAAACUCCUGUUGAGAUCCGAGAACUAUCAAGAGAAGUUGCUCAUGUGGCGUUAGCCAAACAAAUGAACAGCUUCAAACGGUGGGGUGUUUCUGCUGAUUUCGACAAUCCGUAUAUUACUAUGAAUAAAGAAUAUGUCGCCGGACAAUUGAGGAUUUUUGGUGAAAUGAUUGCGAAAAAUCUUGUCUAUAGAGCUUUCAAGCCUGUUUAUUGGUCCCCUAGCUCUAGAACAGCAUUGGCUGAAUCAGAACUAGAGUAUAAUGAGAAACAUGAGAGUACCUCAGCUUAUUUUCGAUUCAAGGCAAUUGAUCUGAGUUUUGAUGAUCUUCAAUUGGUAACGAAAGAAAAUGUUAAGCCGUCCGUUUUUUAUUAUAUGAUAUGGACAUCAACUCCUUGGACCUUACCUCUGAACAAUGCAAUCGCAGUUUCACCAGUCUCAGAGUAUGUUGCGGUACAGUUCGCUGAUGAAACAAAAAAUCCUGUGGCUGAAGUCUAUAUUAUUGCCUCAGAAAUGCUAAAGCAUGCGAUCGACACAUUCAACCGUGAAGUUCAGAUUGUCGGAAGAAUUCCGGGGUCAGCAUUAGAAGGAAAGCAUUACCGAAGUUGCUGGUAUAAUGAGUUAGCACAACCUAUACUCGCCGCUGAUCAUGUCACAAUGAAUAUGGGAACGGGUCUUGUUCACACUAGUUAUGCUCACGGUUUCCAAGAUUAUGAUGUAGCCAAAGCCAAAAAUAUCGAAGUGCACAGUUUUGUGGAUGAAGAUGGUAAAUAUACUCGGCAAAUGGGACAUGAUCUGGAGGGAAAGUUCGUGAUGGGCGCAGGACAGAAAGAAGUGUUAAGGUUAUUGAAAAAAGAUUUCAUACACGUGGGCAAGUAUGUGCACUCUUAUCCUUACGACUGGAGAACGAAAAAGCCCGUGAUAAUUCGAAGUAGCGCUCAGUGGUUUAUAAAUGUAAAUGAAGUGGGAAAGAACGCCUCCCAUUUGAUCAAGGAUAUACGAAUCGGAAGUGGGGAAUCAGAUCUCUCACAAGCUCUGUCUCGUAUAAUUAGUACUCGGCCAUCCUGGUGUAUAUCUCGGCAAAGAGUUUGGGGUACUCCUAUUCCAUGCGUUGUUGAUGAACUAGGAGCUGCUUACACAUCCAAACAGUUAUCAGAGAGAGUUGCCGACCUGAUUGAUCAGAAAGGUUCAGAUGCUUGGUGGACCUGUGAUGUAGCGGACUUACUCACCGAGGAGGUGAAACUAUCGCUGAAUCUACCUCAUCAGUGCAAUUUACGCAAAGGAGAUGAUAUAAUGGAUGUUUGGGUUGACAGCGGGUUGGCAUGGUACUGCGCAAGAAACAACUAUGAGGAUGCUAAAACUGAUGAGCCUGCUGACGCAGUUCUUGAAGGCGUUGAUCAAUUUCGAGGCUGGUUUCAAUCAUUACUACUCACAUCCGCGGCAAUACAGAACAAAGCUCCGUACAAGCGGGUUUUUGUGCAUGGCUUCUGUGUGGAUGACAACAAUAAGAAAAUGUCAAAAUCUAUUGGAAAUGUAGUGGACCCUGAAGUUAUCACUGAUGGUUCUCUAGGACAGAAAGCUCUUGGUGCCGAUGGCCUAAGACUAUGGGUUGCUCUGGCUGGUGCAGAAAAUGCAGCUGAGUCCAAAAUAGGAAAAAACGCUUUGGCAGAUGUUGAGAAAAAGAUGAUUUCAAUUCGUAACUCUCUACGGUUUGUGCUUGGCGCUUGCGAUAAGUACACUGGAGUGGUACCAUCGAAAUUACCUAUUCUAGAUCAGUAUAUACUGCAAGAAGUGAUGAAGUUUGAGAAAAGAUCUCUCAAGAACUACGAAGAUUACAAAUUCCGAACUAUAAUGAAUGAUUUUUUCCAAUUCACUCAGAAAACGCUGAGCACAAACUAUGUGAGUUACGUCCGUGAUAGACUAUACUGCAAUGCUUUGGAGUCGGAUGAGCAUACUUCUGCUCAGCAUACUUUGCACAGGGUUGGCUUGACUUUAGCACAUAUCAUCUCACCUAUUCUACCACACUUAUCUGCUGAAUUUUUAGAGCAUUUACCAUGUUGCGAGGAGAAACAGAUAUUACGUAAAUCUCCUUCGCCCAUAUCAAGCAUUAGUUCUUUCUUUGAUCACCAGUUGGACGAAAUUAUUAGCACCGUUGCAACAAUUAGAACAGUUAUUGCCGAAAAAUGUGGUCCCAAAACUGACCUUAGUAAAAUGGGCUUGGUACUCUAUCUCAAGCCCGUUUCCUACGAUCUAUUGAAACGUUUGCAACCAUGCGAAAGAGAAUAUCACUCUGAGUUAUGCGAACUAUUCGGAGUGUCCGUUGUCACUAUCAAAAAAGAUGAUUCCAUAAAUGAUGACACUGUUGAGCUUGUCGAAAGCGAUGGUAAGCAUUGUGAACGUUGCAGAAAACAUAACAGAAUGAGUGGGACUCACUGUAAACGAUGCUCCAUCGCUCUCCUUAAUGUUGUAUAG